AUGGCGCUGCCCUCCCCCUUCCUCUCCCCUCCAUCUAAACCCCCAAACCCUGAAUCCGCGAAACCAGAAGAGCAGGAAGAAGAAGACGACUAUCUCAGCAUGACCUUCACCGACACAACCCCCCUCUCCUCCUCCUCCACCACCACCGCAAGGAAAAAGGAAUCCCUCACCCAAUCCCUCAAGCGCAAACAGCGCGAAUCCGAACUCCGCGCCCACCCGAAAUCCAGGCGCGAACUCGCCCAGGAAGAGGCGCGGAAGAGAGAGGAGGCGCUCGCUACCUCUACGCUCGAUCCGCAGAGUAAGGGGUUCAAGAUGAUGGCGAAGCUGGGCUAUAAGGCCGGUAAUGCUUUGGGGAGGCCAGGAGAAGCGAAUGGCGACAGUGGUUCAGGGUUGUUGGAGCCGGUGGGGGUGGAGAUGAGGGAGGGGAGAGCUGGGAUUGGUGCUGAUGCGGAGAAAAAGAGGAAGGUUAGGGAGGAGAUGGAGGCGAGGGUGGAGGGGGAGAAGAGGGUUAAGGUUGAGGAGGGGGAGUUUAGGGAGAGAAGGAGGCUGGAGAGGGAGGAGAGGAGGAGGGAGGGCUUGAUUCGCGGGGCGCAGGCGGUGGCUCAGAGGCUUGAAGAAGGAGAAGAAGAAGAGGGGACUGGAGAGGAUGGAGGGCUAGGGAAGACUGCCAGGGAUGUGGGGAGCAAGAAGAGGACGACAAAGCCUCUCGGUAAAAUCAAUGUGCUGUGGCGAGGAGCCGUCAAGCAACGGGAGCUGGCUGAGAGGGAUAAACGCAUGCGCUACGAUCUACAUCAGUCAUUGUCACGGCUUCCUACGUAUGAGGAUCCAGAUGAGGAUCAAGAGGAUAGGGUUGCAUUGGGGAAGAAAGAUACGGAGGAGGUUGACCGCGAUCUGGAUGGGGAGGAUGACGAGCUGAACGAGUUCGAGGCGCUUGACAGUGUCGAAAAGCUGCAGAAAUUGGUCCAGUAUUUGAGAGAACGGUGGCAUUACUGUUUCUGGUGUAAGUACCGGUACGGGGAUAGCGGCAUGGAUGGAUGUCCAGGCACAACCGAGGAUGAUCAUGAUUGA